AUGGAAUUCUUCAUGGCAAUGUGUUUGCUUGCUCUUUUCUUUGGCUUGUCCUGGCUCUGUAAGUGUGUUCUCCAAAGGAGAGACCAGCCGUGCUAUCUGCUGGCCUAUGAGUGCUACAAGGCUCCAGAUGACAUGAUGCUCUGCACUGAUUCUUGUGUCAAAAUCGUCACACGGAACAAGAAUCUAGGGUUGGAGGAGUUCAGGUUUCUCUUGAAAACAAUUGUCAAUUCCGGCAUCGGUGAGGAAACGUAUUGCCCAAAAAAUAUCAUUGAAGGCCGAGAAAAUGAUGCAACCCUAGUAGAUGAGCUUUUGGAGAUGGACGACGUCAUCUUCAACACAAUGGACAAGCUUUUUGCAAAGUUUAGUACAAUUUCUCCAUCACAAAUCGACAUUCUUGUGGUCAAUGUGUCCAUGUUCAGCCAUGCACCCCCUCUCUAA